GUCGUGGCCCAGAGUCGGCAUAGUGUGAACGGGGCUAAACUUUAGGGCUCUUUGUUCAAGCAGGAGGCAGUAUCGUCACAUUCUGCCAUGCCUGGGGGUUGGGAUGGCAUGUUCCUCCCUUCUCCCUUGUUUACCUGCGACAAUAAACUAUCAAUCAAUCAAUCUAUCAAGCAGGAGGUGGCCCUUUCCGUGACGCCCCUUGGCUUUACACCGGAACGAGCGGGAGCGAUUGACUUCGGGGAGUGGGUCAGCUUGGAGUAUUACCAGCUCAUCUAUACUCGGCCCUUCCCUGAGGCGGAUUUGUCUGGUUUCAUCAAGCCCUUCUCUUUCCCGGUGUGGAUGCUUCUGCUUGCCAGUGUUCUUUUCUUCUCUGCAAUAACGGUUUUUGGGCAGACGAUGCAGUCACGUUCCAGGAAUAAUACGUUGAGCAAUAAAUCCAGCGUCGGCGAGGUGUCCCCGUCGGCAGGUUCUGGUAACACUGGCGUCCUGGGGCUGGCUCAAACGAUUCUAGAGUGGACAAUAUCGCCUCUCCUCAUGCAAUCAACAUCAUGGCUGCCUCGCGGGACGGUGCUGCGAAUGCUCGGCGGGGGGUGGCUGCUGACCUCCCUGGUGCUGGUGACGGUGUACGGGUCCAGCCUCAAGGCCAUGCUGAUCUUGCCCCGCGUGCCCCUGCCCUUCACGACCCUCGAGGGACUGGCUGCAUCGGGCAUAACCUUCCUGACUGUUAAUGGAACCUUCAUGGAUACGAUUGUCAAGCACGCACCGGCCGACUCGACGUUUGGGAGAAUUCGGAAACAUACGAAUAUAACCCACAAUGUCGUGAGCACCAUUACCCAGGUGAUUCAAGGGGUGGGCGCCAGUUCGGCCUUCACCUCAAUCCUGCUGCCGGUUUUGGGAAUGGCAUUUAACAAGUAUGGUUACUGCAAGCUGUAUAUCUGCGAGUCGUUCUUCCUAACCUUGUCUGGCCCGAUGUUCCCGAAAGGUUCCUCUCUCAAGCCCAAAGUCGACGAAAUUAUCGUCCGCCUUAGGGAGUCGGGUCUGCUUCAACAACUGCAUAAGGACGGUGUGGGCAGCGCCUUGAUGUGUGCGAACGAAAAGAGCUCGACCGCCCUCACCCCCACCAGACCCCUAGAGCUGGGCGACUUCUACGGCGUCUUCUCUCUCUACCUCGGAGGCAAGUGUGUUAGAUGUAUAUAAGAAAAAAGUGGAACCAGAUUGUCCAGAUCGUUUUGGCGUUGGCUCCCGCUGGUCUUCCCCUCCCAUCCGCUCUGCCUCACUGACCCAACACCUAGCUCUUCCUCUAGUGUGUCAGCUCUUCACUACUU